AUGUGUAAGAUUAUUUUGCCGAAUGUUGUACAAGCAAAUGUUGAAAAUGAAGUAUAUAUUGAUAAUAAUAAUGAAUAUGAUUCAUCUACUGAUUUUAAUUUGUAUGAUAUCAUGGAUCGAUCAGAGCUUAUUAAAAUUUAUAAUACAAAAAUGGACAUUGAAAAACUAAAACAAGAGAUAGCAAUUAAAGAACGUGAUAUAGCAAUUAAAGAACGUGAUCUGAUGGACAUUGAAAACAAACAAUUAUUAAAAUAUAUAAAAACAACUUUAAUCAGUCAUCGUAAAAAAACAUGUUAA